AUAUGACAAUGGUCACACUGGACAGUCCGAGCCCUGCGCUGAGUUCUAGACCACAAAACAUCUUAAAUAAGCAAAGUUAAGAUCCUGUAAAAUGUGUAAUCAGCAAAAUUACAAUAAUUCCCGACCCAUUUGCUGAGUCUCACAAGUGGCGGUGCGUGUAUUGUGCCAUUAAAUCAUAAUUAACUGCAACGCAAUUGCAAUGGCGACGAGUACGAACAAAAACGAAUGAGAAUGAGCGAGUGUUAAAAAGAAGAAAAAACAGUGCAGCAAACACCAAAAAGUUGCCUUUGGCGAAUUAAAUAGAAAAAUACAAUAAUAAACAAUAAGAAACAAGCCACCAAAAAAACAAACGCCCAGGCACACAUACGCACAGAUGAGACAUGCGAAUAGUGCAAAUGAUAACAAUCAUAAGCAGCAGCAGCAGACGCAGCAACAUCAACAAAAUAAAGCAAUAGCAGCAAAACAACAGUUUAACAACUGCGCGCAACAGCAGCUUUUCUAGCUUGAGGUUGAUUAGUACUAAACAGCACCAGCAGCAGACGGUUAACACCAUCAUGGCUUGGAAGCAUUGUCUCAUACUGAAACUGGCAAUACUUGGUCUCUGCUUGAUAUGCCAUCAAGCCGUCGUCGAUGCUCAUGUGCUCGUUUACAGGCGCACCACCACACAGCUAAUUGAGGAAUUUAACGAUUUGCCCGCCACAUUUGGACCUCUCAUCGUGGGCAAUAAUCUUCGUGUGUUUGUGGUGCCACAUGAGACCAAUAAUGCGUAUGGUUGUGAUAAUCUAAAACCACCACCUCGCACCGGCUAUCCAAUUGGCGCCAAAUUCGUAGCGAUUGUGUCGCGCGGUGGCGAUUGCACAUUCGAGCGCAAAGUGCGCGUGGCUCAGAAUGCAACCUAUUACGCUGUGAUCAUCUACAACAAUGAAGGCGAUGAACUAGAACAAAUGACCGCCAACAAUGCAUCAGGGAUACACAUAGCCUCCGUUUUUGUGGGUCUUACGACCGGCAAGACAUUGUUAUCUUUCUUUACACCAGAGGUGGUGCUAAUCAUAAACGACGAGCUGCCCUUCAAUAUCAACACACAGCUGAUAUUGCCAUUUUCCAUACUGAUUGCAUUAUGUUUUCUUAUUAUGAUCGUCUACAUGAUAUACAAAUGCAUACGGGAACAGCGACGACUGCGUCGUUAUCGAUUGCCGAAAAGCAUGCUCAAAAAGAUUCCAGUGCUGCGCUAUACAAAAAACAAUACCACCAUCAAGUAUGAGACAUGCGUAAUCUGUCUUGAGGACUUUGUUGAGGACGACAAGCUCCGGGUGCUGCCAUGUUCGCAUCCUUAUCACAGCCACUGCAUCGAUCCCUGGCUAACUGAAAAUCGACGCGUCUGCCCCAUAUGCAAGCGGAAGGUUUUUACGAAAGGCGAAGCACGUGCGAGUCGGAAUCGACAGCCUUCUUUAGAUAGCGUCACUGACACAGAUGAUGAUACCACGCCGCUGUUGCAACAGCAGCCCCAAGCGACAACUGCAGCUGCUGAGGCAAGUGGCAGCAACAGCGCCAGCAUCAAUUCUGCAUCAUCAGCAACCGGUACCACUAGACAUGGCACAUUUCGACGUGGGGAUGCAGCGCAUACUCCCACCGCAGCGCAGGAAUAUCACAGCUCUGAUGACGAAAAUGCGCUUUUGGAUUCCGCUAUACCCCAGGCUAAUACAUCGGCAUCUGUACAACGACGUGUCAAUCCCUUUGAUCGGUCACCAAAUUUACCGGCUCAUUUGGUGGAUCAGCUAAGCCCUCCAAGGCGCUCACUUUGGUCGCGGUUAAACUUCAGCUUCCUAUUUCGUGAUGAGCCCAGAAGCAUCAGCGUGGCAGCACCGCCAUAUCUCGAUCAUCUUGAGUCUGGCACAAGUGAUGUUGUGAUCCGCGGUACUGUGGCGACCGCCGCGACUGAUGCUAUGUCCACGCCCACAUCGAACAACAUACUAAAUCCGAAUUUAAGCGGCUCCUUCAAGGAUGACGAUAUGCCACCGCAUCGUUCCAUUUAUGAACCGAUUGCAAUUAGUACCCCCGCCACAGAGCAAGAAACGCCAUCAGGUGCAGCCGCAGUGGCUGAUUCGGUGUUUCUACAGACGCCCACACAGGGCGGCAUAGGAGUUGCCGCGCUACCACAUAGCGCCGCAGAUCGCCAGUUUCUAAUAUGAGGUAGACGCGAAUAAGAGAGUUUAGUUUUCUAAGGCAUAGUUCACACCAAGCAGGCAAAAGUAGUAAAGUGUAGGUCGCUUGGACGCGGCGAAGCUGUGGCUGCCAGCUGCUUUGUUUUAAACAAUUAACAAAUGUUUACCCUUAAUAUAAAUAUGUAAUUGUAAUUGUAUUUGUAAUCAUCAUCGUCAUGCCGCGUCGAUCAUGCAUGAUUAUGAUUUGCACCCAAAAACAUAUUACAUUCAUACAUACUACAUACAAACAUAAAUAUGCGUAUGCAAAUUGUGAUUUAUUUUAUAUACCUUAUAUAUUAUUAACAUUAUUGGCUUGCGUAACUAAAGUCGAACCACACACAAAACAAAAAUGUAAAAUGUUUACCUGAUUCGGAUACAAUAUUCGAUUUUUUUUUGUUUUUUAUCCACUCAACACUCCGAAAGAAUAUUAAACUUUCAUACAAAUAAGUCAAAAAGGAAAAUUAAUCAAACAUGUGUAAUUAUACCAAUUGAUUGAACACUAGUUUUAAUAUGCAUGUAAAAUUUGUUUUCAAGUCAGAAACUCAAAGUUAUGAUCCACCACAUGUAAUCCAUUUAUUAUAUUUUGUAUGAUUGUUACUCUAUAAUUAUGCUCGAUUUAACUAAUUUUAAGUUUUGCUGUGUAAUAUAUUUAAAUUCUCCAAUUCGAUUUUUUAAUGUAAAAGGCAAUACGAAUAAUGAAACAAAAAAAAACGUUAAAAUUUUGUAGGGAUGACGGUUUUCAAAAUGCAUUAUCAAAAAUAAAAGUGCUAGCUUGUGAUUAUUUUCUCAAAGAUAAUUAAAUAAAAAAGAAGCAACUGCAACUGAUGAAAACUGAUCACAACUAUAAAUAUAAAUAUUGUAAGACGAAAUCAAUUAAACCUAAAGACAUAAUAAAUUGUGUGUUUCAAAGUGUAA